AUGACGCCGGUUUCGCGCGCUUUUGUUGUACGAUUCAUUACCAAUGGCGGCUACUAUUGGCGCGCCCCGAUGACGGACGAAUCGGAGGCAGCGCGACGUGGUCGCGGGGUGCCGCCAGCACCCCCGCCCCGCGUCGUGCGCCCCGAACCGAAGCCACGUACCGCCCCACCAAGGCUCAUCCGCCCUUCAGAGCACCUCGCAAUGGUGGAACGGGCCAUGGCCGAACGAACCAUGGUAGAAAGGUCUAUAGCAGAAAGAUCUAUGAUAGAAAGAUCUAUUGCAGAAAGAUCCAUGGCGGAUAGGUCCAUGAUGGAAAGACCUAUCCCGGAAAGAUCCACGGUAGAACGGGGGAUGGAACGCAGGCCUCCCGUUCCCCUAAACCCCUCAGUGACAGUGCUCCACGGUCCUAGGCCACCCCCGCCACCACCACCAGCGCCUAGGCAUUACGUCCCACCUCCGAGAAUGCCAGCACCCACAAGUCCUGUGAUGCGGUUGCCGCAACCACCGAGAAAUCCUCAGAUGUUGAUGCCUUUUGAACUUCUUCCCAAGCAGGGUGGUGCCUCAGAUCUCUUUGACCUCUCAGACUUGCAUCAGAAUGUUGCUGCUAGUGUGUUUACUGAAUAA